AGUCUAGCCAACCCGUAGUCCAGUGAUUUACGUACUGUCAACGGAAGUGAGGUUAAUGUGAAAUGAAUGUAAAUAGGUGAGAAAACCAUGUUGAAAAUCGCCUUCACUGCGCAGUUACCAAAAUUACGGUCUUUAGCAUCAGCCGCCACCUGCACCGUAGACAAACAAGAAAUCAAACAUUUCGAAAAAUUCGUAGCGGAAUGGUGGGACGAAUUUGGGCCCAUGAAACCCUUGCACUCGUUGAAUAAACUCAGGAUACCGUUGAUUAGAGACGGACUCGUAAAUACGGGAGCAAUCGACAAAGAAAAAUUGAAUAAUCCCCUACCCUUAAAGGACAUCUCACUACUAGACGUGGGUUGCGGAGGUGGAAUUCUAGCAGAGCCUUUAGCAAGGCUAGGAGGUAAGGUAACGGGAAUCGAUGCGAACCCCAACACUAUCGAACUAGCAAAAUCCCACUCCCAGCUGAGUUUUCUCGACAUAAACUGUUUGACGUCUUCUAUCGAAGAACACGCUUCGAACAAUCCGGAAAAAUACGACGCCGUCGUAGCAUCGGAGAUCUUGGAGCACGUCUCUAAGAAAGAUCGUUUUCUAGAGGCUUGCGUUAAGUGCCUUAAGCCGAACGGUUCGAUUUUCGUAACUACCAUAAAUAAGACGUUUUUGGCAAAUUUCUUGGGGAUCGUGAUAAGCGAGAACGUAUUACAGUUGCUGCCCAGAGGGACGCAUCAGUACGAGAAGUUCAUAGAACCCGUUAAGCUUCGGAGGAUGCUGGAGGAUUGUAACUGUAGAACACAGCUUAUUCACGGAAUGUUUUACAAUAUUUUUACCAACACUUGGCACUGGUGUACCGAUACGUCUAUAAAUUAUGCUUUACAUGUCGUUAAAUUGAAGAAUGUAUAGGUUUGGAUAAAAUAAAUGUUUUUUUUAUGGA